GCACGACUAGAGACGCGCUUUGGAAACGUGGGUUGUGUUCAUGUGUUCCAAGUUGUAGGGAUCAAGGAGAUAAACGUCUGAAAAUCGACAUGGCUGAAGAUAAAAGCAGCGCAGAGUUAAAUUUAUCACUGGAGGAGUCUGACGAUGAAGCGCCGGAAGAAAUGACCUUUGAAUCGGCGCGUAAUGAAGCUCUGAGCCGCGUGAAGAGCGCACUGGAGACGGCCAAAAGGGAGAAAGAGCUGCUGAAGGAGAAGAGGCGGAGGAGACAGGAGCUCUUCCAGGAGCAGAAGAAAAGAAGACUGCUCCCUAUAGAAGUGCUGGAUGAAGUGGAUGCUGUUGUUCCAAAGGAACAGGACCAAGACCAGGAUGAAGCUCCAGAAGAACCAGAGCCUCAAAAGAUCUCCUCUACAAGAAGCCUGUUGGAGACGUACACGGUGACCACAACCAAGCAGCAGAUAUCGUUCCAGCAGCAGGCGGCUCAGGACUUCCUCCACUCGCGCCUCUACGGCCCCGAGAGCCGACGCUCCACAAACAACGAGCUGCUGUCGCUGCAGAACAAAAAGGGUCCCAACAAACAGGCCGCCGCGCAGUUUGUCAAUAAGAACUGGGCGUCUAAAGAAAAGGCCAAAGCAGAGAAACUCAAACAGCGCUGGCUCCACAAGCAGAAGAUCUGGUGAAGGACCUCAGGACACGGACCUCAGGACGGACCUCAGGACACGGACCUCAGGAGCUUCUGUCCCGAGCUCCUCAAUGAUCUGAGACUGUUUGAGGACACGUUAUGCCAAAUGAACUUUUGAAAAAUGUUAUAAGAUUGUUCCCUCGUCUCACAUACCUGGAGUUUUUUUUUUUUUUGCUUCACUCGUAUAAACUUCUAACACAUCACAUAUUUAGAUCGCCGUGUUCCUUUUAUUGUUUUGUUUCUGUAUUCACCCAAAACAACGUGUUAACAUGUUUUAAAGUUCCCCCUCACUUUGCUCUGAGCAGAAAGUCAAAUGUAACUACUAGGUCCCGAUCGAUAUAUCGGUUAUGUCCAUUUAAUCCAAUUUAUAGACAGAUAAAUGUCCUAAUAUGUGGCGCCGCGUCAAUAUUUAUCUGGGGAUUAAUUAGUCUGUGUCUGUGACUCUGUACUGCCCCUGAACGCACCCUUACGUCACGUGAACAACUGCUGUCAACAUGCUGGAUUAUAUUCUUUUUACGGACGAUCGUUUUGAGUCGGGAUUGGAAGGACACUUAAUUGUAAAGACUUGUGAUCUGAGAGGUGCCUGUGUGAGCAGGGAGUGUUACAAAUGUGUCGGUUUUUGAAGCGACUUUUCAUUCGUUCUUUGUAAAUGAACUGUGAAAAGGUGUGAACGAUCCACAUUUACAUUCACACGUUAAAUAUGACUGUAAAGAGGCAGAAUAACAAUAAAUGUAACCUAAAUAAACCCAAUAUAAAACCCA